ACACGAACUGUAACGGCGUUGGCUUAGCUGGCUGACAGCAGCGUCUUCUUUACCAUUUUCCAGCUGUACAUUUUUUUUGUUCAUAGAAAUGUGGGUAAUGUUGUGUAUUGAUCAGUAACACACACUUGUUUCCGCAAUGGGUGGUAAGAAGAAGAGGUCAGCAGCAGCUCCCGCGAGUGUGCAGCCGGCUGCUGCUGCUGCUGAGAAUGCAACCAAUGCAGCAGCAACUGAAUCCGCCGGCAACAAACUGCAGCAGAGACCAAAUAAUGACAAAUCAACCAUGAAGGAAAACAAACCCAGAGCUCCCAAAACAUAUAGUCUUAACACUAAUGCACAGACUGACACUAGCAGUGUGUCUGAUAAAUCAAUACUGAAGGUUGUUAUCCAACCAGAACUGGAGAAGAAGGUCAUCAAGUUAAUUAAUGAAUACAGACAAGAACAUGCAGAUAAAGGACCAAUAUCUGGGAGACUCACCUCCAAAAAGUUGCUGGAUCUGUAUACAGCUCUGCAGAAGUUCCAGUUCAAGACCGAGCACAUCGAGGAGGCCAUGAAGAGCAGUAUGCUGUAUGGAGGCGACCUGACCUCAGCGCUCGACUGGCUCUGUCUGAAUCUCAGAGAUGAUGAGCUACCGGAGGGAUUCAGCCAAAAGAUGCAGGAGGAGAAACUGAAGAGUCGACCCAAGUUCCAGCCUCCUAAAGAGGACGAGAAACAAACGGUGACCAAGAAAGAAGCGUCUAAAGAGGAGGACAAACCAAAGGCAAAGACGUCUGUAAAAGACAACGGUGGCAGUAUGAAGGAGUGGAUACUGCGCUACGCUGAACAGUCUGAAGAUCAGAGCAGUGAAGAAGAUGAAAACAAGGACGCAAGUGUGUUUAACCCCGAGCUGGACGAGAAGUUUGAUCCUAAUGACAGAUACCUGCUGCUGGCCGCUCAGCUGUAUGAUGCGAAGGAGAUGGCUGCAGAAUCUAAAGCCAAGAAAGACAAAGCAGGGCAGAGGACGGCACAAGAUCGGAUCAGAGUCAUCCAGCAAGAAAUGAAGUCUUUGGAGAGUCAUCCAGUGUUUAACUCCGCUGUCAAAGUUAAAGACGCUCCUAAAGAGGAAAAGAAGCCAGUUGCACUCACUGAUGGCAAGGAGGAACUCAACUUCAACCUCUUCGAGCAAGCAGACACACCGCCAGCAGAAAAAGCAGAGAAAAAGAAGAAAGAGCCCAAAGACAUUCGUAACUUUGACUACACAUCAAGGAGCUGGACUGGCAAGUCACCAAAACAGUUUCUGAUUGAUUGGUGCAGGAAGAACCUCCCAAAGAGCCCGCCGCCAUCCUUCGGGAAAGUUGCAGUCGACAGAUACUGGAAAUGCAAAGUUCGUAUUCAGAGGCCUAAUGAUGUUUUGGAGGUUUGUCCCACUAUCCUGACUGAAGACGGCAUGCAGGCCCAGCACUUAGGAGCCACGCUUGCUCUUUAUAACCUAGUCAAAGGACAGUCGGUGCAUCAGCUUCUGCCGCCCACCUACCGGGACGUGUGGCUUGAGUGGCAAGAUGGCGAUCAAAAAGAAGAGGAGCAAACCCGCUCCGCCAUCAACAAACCACGUGACCAGUUCAUCGCACGUCUGCUUGCCCGCCUCAAACAGCAGCAGACCCUCCAACCGCAGGCCGAGCCACAGGAACGUCUUCAGGACGCCGAAGCGGAGGACUCCUGGGAGAACCUGGACAUGCAGGAGGACCACGAGCCCCAGCGCGGAGGAGGCCUCGAGGCGGAGGAGGCCUCCCGGAGGCUGCUCCUCAAACUGCGGAGCUCGGCUCUGGCUCGCAGGCUGCUGGCUGAGAGGGAGCAGCUGCCUGUUUUCCAGCACCGACAGCAGGUGCUCGAGGCUCUGCGGCGCCACCGUGUGCUGGUGAUCGCUGGGGAGACGGGAAGCGGGAAGAGCACACAGAUUCCUCAGUUCAUCCUGGAGGAGCUCCUGGCUAAUGGGGAGGCCGCGCAGCCUUGCAAUGUGGUGGUGACGCAGCCCAGAAGGAUUUCAGCCAUGAGUCUGGCCAGCAGGGUGUCGCAGGAGCUGGGGAGCGAGGACGGACCGGGAGCCAAGGGUGUGGGGAGAUUACAAAUGUCAGGAUACAAGCUGAUUGCCCUCCACUCCACACUGUCAUCUCAGGACCAGUCUUCUGCAUUUACAGUGCCCCCUCCUGGAGUCAGAAAGAUCGUUCUGUCUACAAACAUCGCUGAGACUGGCGUCACCAUUCCUGACGUGGUCUUCCUCAUCGACACAGGAAAAACUAAAGAGAAUCGAUAUCAUGAAAGCAGUCAGAUGAACUCUCUGGUGGAGACGUUUGUGAGUAAAGCCAGUGCUCUGCAGAGGCAGGGGAGAGCUGGACGUGUUCAAGAGGGCUUCUGUUUCCGCCUUUAUCCCAAAUUCAGAUUUGAGAGCUUCAUUGACUACUCCAUUCCGGAGAUUCUCAGAGUGCCUUUGGAGGAGCUUUGCCUUCAUAUUAUGAAGUGUGAAUAUGGUUCUCCAGAGGAUUUCCUGUGUCGAGCUCUCGAUGCGCCUCAGCAGCAGGCCGUGUGUAACGCUGUCAGUCUGCUGAGGAAGAUCGGCGCCUGCAAGCAAGAUAGCUACGCCCUCACGCCACUCGGCCAUCACUUGGCCGCCCUUCCUGUCAACGUCAAGAUCGGCAAAAUGCUCAUCUUUGGCGCCAUCUUUAGCUGCCUGGAAACCAUUGCUACCAUCGCAGCGGCCAUGUCUGAGAAGUCCCCCUUUGUUACACCUAUGAGCAGAAAGGAGGAGGCCAACCUGGCUAAAUCUGCCCUAGCAGUCGCAAACUCCGAUCACAUGACCAUCUACAGUGCUUAUCUUGGAUGGAAGAGCUCUCGGAGCGAGGGAAUGCGUGCUGAGAUGGCUUACUGCCGGAGACACUUCCUGAGCCGCACCGCUCUCAUGACCAUUGAGAAGUGUGAAUAUGGUUCUCCAGAGGAUUUCCUGUGUCGAGCUCUCGAUGCGCCUCAGCAGCAGGCCGUGUGUAACGCUGUCAGUCUGCUGAGGAAGAUCGGCGCCUGUCAGCAAGAUAGCUAUGCCCUCACGCCACUCGGCCAUCACUUGGCCGCCCUUCCUGUCAACGUCAAGAUCGGCAAAAUGCUCAUCUUUGGCGCCAUCUUUAGCUGCCUGGAAACCAUUGCUACCAUCGCAGCGGCCAUGUCUGAGAAGUCCCCCUUUGUUACACCUAUGAGCAGAAAGGAGGAGGCCAACCUGGCUAAAUCUGCCCUAGCAGUCGCAAACUCCGAUCACAUGACCAUCUACAGUGCUUAUCUUGGAUGGAAGAGCUCUCGGAGCGAGGGAAUGCGUGCUGAGAUGGCUUACUGCCGGAGACACUUCCUGAGCCGCACCGCUCUCAUGACCAUUGAGGUGACAUCCUCUUACAGCUCCUAA